GAGCUAAAUCCCUGGCCCUGGAGGGUGGUGAGAUUAAUGGCAAGGACACCAAUUAAGAACUUAUUGCAGAAGUCCAAUGUGGACGUAAUAGGAGCAGGAUCUGACAAAAGCUUGGAGCUGUUCAAAUGACCAAAUUAUCAGCCAAACUGGAACUUGGAGAAGAUGCCACACAGACAUGUGACGGCAUUCCCCAGAGAUACAUCUUCAAUUCUCAUUGGCUACUUACUGCCUUGCAUAUCACAAUGGAGGUGAAGUCUGUUGCUGAGACCAAGUCUACACACGAAUUACUGAAGUCACAGCUGGACUGUGAAUGCCACCCAGUGAUGCACUCUUCUUGUCAACAACACCUGGUAAUUGCAUAGGUGAUGACCCUUUCAGAAUAGCUGUACCACGGAGCACUGUUGGGUCAUGGUACUAGCAUGCAGGCAGGGUGGAAGGGAAUCUUCUGAUGCUGCAGAAGAUGAAGGAUCCAUCCUCCUAUGCAGAAGUAUGACAACAUAAGAAUGGAGAGAACAGAGACUCUCAGGAUCUGCAGCUGAUACUGGAGGAUACAGAAUUUCACUGACUUCUCCCUUGAUUUUUGGACAACAAAUCAGCAGACAAUAUGUAAAUAUUGACUUAAGUACUGUUCAGGAAAAGAGGCCUGAGAAUUUGCUUUGGAACAUUUAAUGGUGACAUCCAGGAUCAACUUAAAAUCCUGAAAAUCCAUUCUCCCAAGAAGAAGGGACAGAAAGAAAGACCGCUUUGUAAGAAAGGCUUGGGUAUCCCAUGAAUGAGCUAGCAGAAAACCGGUUGGGGUGCAGCAGGACUCCAGAGCCAGAUAUAAGGCUCAGAAAAGGGCACCAACUUGAUGGUUCAAGAGGAGGUGAUAAUGACAACCACCAAGGAGAUUUGAAGCCCAUUUUAGAAACAUCUGUUCAUUCUUCUCAUCAAAAAAAAAUCUCUGAGGAACAUGAAUGCAAUGAUGACACUUCUCAGGAGGAUGAGGGCUUCAUGGGCAUGUCCCCCCUCUUACAAGCCCAUCAUGCUAUGGAAAGAAUGGAAGAGUUUGUUUGUAAGGUAUGGGAAGGUCGAUGGCGAGUGAUCCCUCACGAUGUGCUGCCAGACUGGCUUAAGGAUAAUGACUUUCUUCUACAUGGACACCGGCCGCCUAUGCCUUCUUUCCGGGCCUGCUUUAAGAGCAUUUUCAGAAUACACACCGAAACAGGCAACAUCUGGACACAUCUCUUAGGUUGUGUAUUCUUCCUGUGCCUGGGGAUCUUUUAUAUGUUCCGCCCAAAUAUUUCCUUUGUGGCCCCUCUGCAAGAGAAAGUAGUCUUUGGAUUAUUUUUCUUGGGAGCCAUUCUCUGCCUUUCGUUUUCAUGGCUUUUCCAUACAGUCUACUGCCACUCAGAAGGAGUCUCCCGGCUCUUCUCUAAGCUGGAUUACUCUGGUAUUGCUCUCCUGAUUAUGGGAAGUUUUGUUCCUUGGCUUUAUUAUUCUUUCUACUGUAACCCACAACCUUGCUUCAUUUACUUGAUUGUCAUCUGUGUGCUGGGCAUUGCAGCCAUUAUAGUCUCCCAGUGGGACAUGUUUGCCACCCCUCAGUAUCGAGGAGUAAGAGCAGGAGUGUUUGUGGGCUUGGGCCUGAGUGGAAUCAUCCCCACCUUGCACUAUGUCAUUGCGGAGGGCUUCCUGAAGGCUGCCACCAUAGGGCAGAUAGGCUGGCUGAUGCUCAUGGCCAGCCUCUAUAUCACUGGGGCUGCCCUCUACGCUGCCCGGAUCCCUGAGCGCUUCUUUCCUGGCAAAUGUGAUAUCUGGUUUCACUCUCAUCAGCUGUUUCACAUCUUUGUGGUUGCUGGAGCUUUCGUUCACUUCCACGGUGUCUCAAACCUACAAGAGUUCCGUUUCAUGAUCGGUGGGGGCUGCACUGAAGAGGAUGCACUGUGACACCUACAGGUAGCCAGGGACUAUGACCCUGUACCUGGGCCUGCAGCAGCAGCAACAGGACUCCCUACUGGCCGCUGAUGGCAGUAUCAGGAGCCCCAAAACAUUGACAGCCUCAUGGGCUUUGUGACAGCCCAGGGGCUUCAUGUGGUACAUGACUGAGAAGAGAAAAAAAUAAAUCAUACCUCAAAGGAUGGAGUGCAUCAGUUUGGAGAAAAAGAGAAGUGGCCCAUAUACUGACUUGUUCUUGGGAUCUGCUCACUGAGGGCUGUGCAGAACCCUAGGCAAACUGGCUUCUGAUCCAUAUCAUAUUUAUUUGUAAAAGAUGAGGAAACAGUUUAGCUGAUUGUUCUUUCUUCUCCCUUUCUCCUAAAACACCAAUACAAACCAGUUUAGGUGAACAUUUAUAUCCAAGUAAGGGGUGGGAGUGUGAUUUUAGAUGUUCUUUUAAGGAGAACAAAGAAAUUAAUGUAAAUAAGAUUUCUAACUGUUUAAAUAAAAAUUUAUAUAAAUGUUUAAAACAUCGGGGUGAGGGAGGGAGGGAGAAUUUUUGUAUAGAAUGAAACAUACAAGUACCACACACUGUUUCAAUUUUGCACAAAGUGUGACUGGAGGAGGGUCGGGUAGCAGCCCCAGAAUGUACAGUGUCUUGGUGCACCAAGGUGCCUUCCGAAGGCCGACACACAUACCUUGGACCCUAGCAGGGCAGAGGUUGUAGCCCCAGCCUAGUGAUCACACGACAUCUCUCAAGCAUUCCGAGGCAGAGGUGGAGGGAAGUGGUUUGUGUUUCCUCAGUGAAUGACUGGCAAGAGGUAGUAGGCGAAGGCUGUAGUUAAAGUGUUAAUUAAGAUUGUCUUAUAGGUUGAUAGUGACCUCUAAAGUGAAGCCACUUAGUUCUGUCAUUAAUGUUGGAAAAGAGCAGUGGAAACAUGGAGGAUCUCUGGGGAUAUUAGCAUAGGGACUGGUCUGAUCACUUCCUGAGAUCUUGGUGGUGGCACAUACGUGAUUAGAGAGGUAUGAGCGGUUUUCUAUAUCUUUGCUGUGGAGCUGUGGACCACCCUGUCUAUUUCUAUUAAAAAUCACUGCCCUGACUACCUUCUUCCUUCUGGACCUGAAAAUUGCCUUCCCUGUACAUCAUAGUUCCUGGCACAGAGCCAGCCACAGUUGAGAUUCUGACUUGUAUGGUUUCCUCGUAAGAUCACUUUCCUGCGUUGGGGGAGAGCCUUGCGUUUGGACAAGGAAAGAUGAGUAUCACCUUUGGUGCCCUGUCUUGCUAAGCCUAAUGUGACAGACAUCUCUGUUCUUGCACAAAAAAGUCAGAACUCUCUAGGCCCCACCUCAGACCCUCAGCAUAGCACUGCAGCUCCACUGAUCUUCAUCAAGCAGGGAUAUCCUGGGGCAGAGUUUAAAAGGAAACGAUAUCAUUGCGUUAUUGCCAAGCCGUCUGGUAGAAUCCUGAAGUCCAUGGUUUUGAAUUGCUACUAGAAGAGAAAAAUGAUCGCUCUUGUCCCAGGGCCAUCUUGUUUUGGUAUAGGGAGAAUGGUGGGAGCAGGAUCCGAUUUGUAGAAUCCUGAUCUUGGCUCACUGGUGAGCCCCUGAAAUAGCACUGGACCCUGGGUUACUGCCUAUUACUUCAGGUGGUCGUGUUAUAUCCUGGGGACGGUGGAUACUAGAACUAGGCAGGGGGUCUUGACAUCCUUGGAUAUGGUAAGAGUCUCCUGUUCAGUGAAGUUUGCUGUUUUCCCCACCCUUCAGAUCUUCAGCCACAGUUGAGGUGCAGACCUCAGUGUAGAACUUGGGAAGAAUUUAGGAGUAUUUUGGUUUGGUUAAGGUCACUGCUGUAGGCAGACCAAGCAGAAGUCAGUUUGGUGCAGUGCCUGACAGAA